GCAGGCCGUGUGGGCCGCGUUGAGAGCUGCCGGCGGCCGCGGUGGAUGGGGCGCCCAUGAGCUUCGGGGCAGAGCCGCCCGGCCAGGCCCGGGAGCCGCUGGGCAUGGCCACGUACUGCGACGGCUCGGGCGUCUGCCCGGCCCCGCACAGCCAGGCCCGGGCAGCCUCGCACCCCGCGGGCUACGGGCGCGGCGACCUAGACGCGACGGGCGGCGGCCCGCGCCUGUGGUUGGACGCGCCCGGUCUCAGCCCCCCGCCCUUUGCGCCGGGCCUUGGACCUUCGUCCCCCUACGCGCCCCCGGGCUACGCGGCCCCGGGCCCGCUCCUUGGCGCCGCGGGCGGCCUGGCGGGUGCCGACCUGGCUUGGCUGAGCCUCUCGGGGCAGCAGGAGCUGCUGAGGCUCGUGCGUCCUCCCUACUCCUACUCCGCGCUCAUCGCCAUGGCCAUCCAGAGCGCGCCGCUGCGGAAGCUGACGCUCAGCCAGAUCUACCAGUACGUGGCCGGCAACUUCCCCUUCUACAAGCGCAGCAAGGCGGGCUGGCAGAACUCCAUCCGCCACAACCUGUCGCUCAACGACUGCUUCAAGAAGGUGCCCCGCGACGAGAACGACCCAGGCAAAGGCAAUUACUGGACCCUGGACCCAAACUGUGAGAAGAUGUUCGACAACGGGAACUUCCGAAGGAGGAGGAAGAGGAGAGGGGAGGCGGGCGCAGCCGCACUCCCGGGAGCCGGGAGCCCCGGCGGAGCCCCGGCGCCCGAGCCGGACGCCCUGGGCACGGGGUCCCCGGACCUGCAGGCCGCGCCGUCCCCGCCCGCUCCCGAGGCCGCCGCCUGCUUCUCCAGCUUCGCCUCAGCCAUGGGCGCCCUGGCUGGCGGCCUCGGCGCCUUCCCCGGGGGGCUGGCGGGGGACUUUUCUUUCGGGAGGCCAGCGGCCGUGGCUGCCACCAGCCGCCCGUCCCCCGGCCCUUCGCCCAGCUUCCCCACUGGUCAUCAGACUGCGGCCGCCGGCUUCCGAGUGGGUCACUUCAUGUACAGCCAGGAAGGGACUGAAGUUUGAGGGGAGCCCGCGGAUCGCCCCAAGUGCCCUCCCUAGAGGUGCUGAGAGGAAGGAAGCGCCGGUCCUCCCGGAUGAAGGCCCCACAGGUCAGGGCCCCU